AACCUCUCAUCUGUUUCCCGUUUUCCCCCUCUCCUCUCUCUCAAACCCUCUGAUUUCUCUCGCAAAACAUACACACAAACACAAUCAAUGAACAACGAUGUUUGCGUAUGCCCUAGCUUCAGCAGCUACUCAUCCGAUCGAUUAGCAGAGACAGCGCUCCGAGUCGCCGCCGGAGAUGACGAUUUCGAAUUCGCUCUGCUGCGCGACGAUAAUUACAAGGAGGUCUCCGCCGCCGAAUUCCACCACGACGGACCGGUUUUCCCCGUAUUCAGCCGCGAUUUGAUACAAAUCAGCCGCGGAACCGAGCAAUCGGAACAGAUUCCGCUGAGAAAACUCUUCGCCGAAGAGGAUCGCGAUCGCGCGCCGUCGUGCUCCUCGUCGGAGGAAGACGAGCUGGAGAGCGUUCCGGCGGCGGCGCUGCGGCAGUGCGAGAAAAGCAAGUCGACCGGAUCGGCUUCGAGGCGGCGUUGGAAGAUCCGCGAUCUGCUGCUGCGGCGGAGUAGGAGCGAUGGGAAGGAGAGUAUUGUGUUUCUGACGCCAAAGCGCCGAGGAGAGAAUCCGACGCUCCGAUCGCCGGAGAAAGGACGCGGCGGCGAAGGACCAGAUUCCGCUUCGGCGGCGGCGCGUGAGGCGCUUUAUGUGAGGAGCAGAGCGGUGAAGGAAGGGGAGAAGAGCAGAUCGUACCUGCCGUACAGGAGAGACCUCGUCGGUCUUUUCGCUAACGUGAGUUUCUCGCGCUUUUAGAAUAAUGCAUUGAUGGAUUGUACUUGUACGUCCGGCUUGUGUGGUGGUACGCCAAUAUCUAAAGGGAAAUGAAAUGUGUAAUGCAUUAUUGCUGCUGUGAUGUUGAUAUUUUGAUGAAUUUACUCAAGUUGUUAAGCUUAAUUUGUUGUAAAUCAGCAUGGAUUACGAAACUUUUCUCGUCCUUUCCACAUUAACGUAGAAUAGGGAAACAAUAGAAACUGUUUUGAUUUUUUUGAAAAAUGGGAAAAAUAAGGAAUGCAAAUAUGCAAUCAUGAGAAAUGAAGUGAGACAAACGUCGGUGUACACAUACGUACAUUUAAAGAAAGUCUGGGAAUUAUUUAA